AUGGUAUCCUCCACUCCUCCCUUCCCAUCUCCAGUCCAGCGCUGGCACAACAAAGCCCAACCCGCCGGCGACCCCAGCCUUCCAGCCCUCUCUCAGAAAGGCAAAUCCAUUCUCGUGACUGGAGGAGGCAACACCGGCAUCGGAGGAGAGACAGCACGUUUCUUCGCCCGCGCAGGUGCCGCACGCAUCGGUCUCCUAGGACGCCGCGAGGGUCCGCUGCUCGAGAACAAAGCGCUUAUCGAGAAAGAGUGUCCUGGCACAAAGGUCUUUAUCCAAAGCACGGAUGUUACCGACGAGGCAUCUGUCAAUUCGGCUUUUGACAAUUUCGCGAGAGAGGGCAAGAUUGACACUCUUAUUCACGCCGCUGCGGUCAUUGGUCCGACUGAGGACUUCGCUGAGGUUGAUGCAAGAGAGUUUCUCAAGGGCGUCACUGAUAAUAUUGAGGGCUCUUUGUGGGUUGCGAAAGCUUUCAUACGCCAUGCUGCACCCGAUGCGCAUGUUGUUGCUAUCAACUCCUGGGGCGCCCAUUUGAGUCUAAACGAUGCCUACGCGUCCUACUGCGUUGCGAAGAUGGCUGUUUACCGCUUGUGGGACAUGGUCCUCCUUGCGAAACCCGGUCUUAGUGUCUUCCAUACCCAGCCUGGCGUUGUGUUGACGGAGAUGAACCGUAGAGUCGGUGGGUCAGAGAGCUUCAAACAUGUCAAGACUGAUGAUGCAAGCUUCAAUCUCUGGCUCUCGACCCCAGAGGCUCGCUUCCUCAAGGGCAAGUUCUUGUGGUGUAAUUGGGAUAUCGACGAUCUCAAGUCUCGUGCCGAGGAGAUUAGGUUGGGGAGGUUGCUCAAUAUCGAUCUUAAUGGAUGGCCAUUUGGGGCCACUACGAACUAG